GGGAUGUAAGAGAGAAUGCACACAGAGCACAAAGCAGAUUGCUCUCCUGCCAGGACAGAGACAAGAUUAAGAAUGAAGGAUCUUUCAUUUCUGCUUUUAAUGUGUGCAGCAUUUUCUAAUGCUCUUCCUGUCCACCCAGAGAAAGACAACAAAGAAGAAGAUGCAAAGCUUGUAAAGGACUAUUUAAAUAAAUUCUAUGCUGUUGAGACAGAUCCAAAUCAACUUGGAUGGAAAAUAAAUGCUGAAUCCACAGCUGAAAAACUUAGGAAAAUGCAACAAUUUUUUCGUUUGAAAGUGACUGGAAAACCAGAUGCUGAGACACUGGAAAUGAUGAAGAAACCCAGGUGUGGAGUUCCCGAUGUGGGUCUCUAUGGUGUUACUCUACCAGGAUGGAAAAAAACCAAGCUGACAUACAGAAUUGUGAACUACACACCAGAUAUGAGCAAAGAGGAUGUGGAUAAAGCAAUCCAGAAGGCAUUUAAAGUGUGGAGCACUGUCACCCCACUGAUUUUCACUCGUAUUCAUGAGGGAAUAGCAGAUAUAAUGAUUGCUUUUGGGACUAAAGCUCAUGGACAUUGCCCUCGUUAUUUUGAUGGCCCCCUUGGUGUCCUUGCUCAUGCCUUUCCGCCUGGCAAUGGUUUUGGUGGUGAUGUGCACUUCGAUGAGGAUGAAGAUUGGACUACAGGCUCAGUUGGCUUCAACUUGUUCCUCGUUGCUGCUCAUGAGGUUGGCCAUGCCCUGGGACUCUCUCAUUCUAAUGAUCAGACAGCCUUGAUGUUCCCCAAUUACGCCUACGUCAGCCCCAGUGAAUUUCCCCUCUCUCCAGAUGAUAUAAGUGGCAUUCAGUCCAUUUACGGAUCUCAACCAAAUGCCCCAGAUAAAAGACCAGCCACCCCUACCUCACCUAAAAUCUGUGGCUCCCAGACAUCUUUUGAUGCUGUAACUACACUCCGACGAGAAGUCAUUUUUCUAAAGGGCAGACACUUAUGGCGAGUCUAUCCUGAUAACUCAGAAGUGGAACUUGAAUUAAUUUCUACCUUCUGGCCAGCGCUACCAUCUGGUAUUCAAGCUGCGUAUGAGAACAUGAAAGAUCAGAUCCUAUUUUUCAAAGGCAAUAAAUUCUGGGUUAUCAGCGGAUACCAAGUGUUGUUUGGUUAUCCAAAGAAUAUCAACACACUGGGCUUCCCUAAAGGUGUCAAGAAAAUUGAUGCUGCUGUUUGUAAUAAAAAUACAGGGAAGACAGACUUUUUCAUAGGUGACAAAUACUGGAGGUAUGAUGAAAAUACCCAGUCCAUGGAGAAGGGUUAUCCUAGACGGACAGCCAAUGACUUUCCAGGAAUUAACCAGAAAGUUGAUGCUGUUUUCCAACAGAAAGGAUUCUUCUACUUCUUCCAUGGAUUGAAGCAGUGGGAAUUCGAGCCUACUGCCAAAAAAGUUAUCCGUGAAAUGAAGAGUAACAGCUGGUUUAACUGUUAAUGGCAUUAAACUUUCUUACACACAGCAAAU